AUGACUGCCAUCGAAACCAUCUUCGGAUGGACCCUCAGCGGACGACUCCCUCGAAUAGAAUCGACAGCAAUGCUCACCUUAUCGUCAGCCCUGAUGUGUUAUCAAGCCUCCGUGUCUGAGUUGUGGAGCUUGGAGACAAUUGGGAUUAUGGACUCGGCCGAGGUGAAAUGUAAAGAAGAAAGAGAGCGUGAAACUCAACAGCAUUUCCAAAAUACAGUUUCACGAGGUGGGGACGGAAGAUACACUGUUAAGCUACCAUGGAUUAGCACCGCUCCCCCCAUUCCAAGCAAUAGGCAGAUUGCCAUGAAGAGACUCGAGUCGACAACCCGGAAAUUGGCCGCAGUCGGAAUGAUAAAUACAUACGACCAGAUGUUCAGUGAUUGGCUGGCUGAAGGCAUUAUUGAGGUUGUGGACCAGAUUGAUAUUGGAUCAGAAGUUGGGCGAGUUCACUAUCUUCCUCAUCAUGCAGUUAUCAAGCCCCAAAGUUUGACAACGCCGGUGAGGCCUGUUUUUGACGCCUCUUGUAAAGUGAGCAGGAACCCGUCUCUCAACGACUGCUUGGAGAAAGGUCCAAACCUACUGGAACUCAUCCCGUCCAUACUGUUAAGAUUCAGGGAGAAGAAGAUUGGGGUUAUCGCCGACAUACGUAAAGCGUUCGAGAUGAUCUAUGUAUCACCAAGUGAUCGCAAUUAUCUACGAUUCUUAUGGUGGGAGGACAUCGAACAGAAAAUCGUGCAGGAACUUCGUCACAAGAGAGUAGUGUUUGGCGUAAACUGCAGCCCUUUUCUGCUUGGUGCAGUGAUAGAGAAGCAUUGCAAGGAUGUCGCCCCGGAAGAUGCAGAAAUUGCAGCGAUCCUUCUCAAGUCUAUGUAUGUCGACAACAGCGUCAUGUCCGUGGAUUCAGUCCAAGAUUUGGAAGAGUACAGAGAAAAGUCAACAUCAAUCCUAGCCAGUGCCAUGAUGGAACUCCGUCAGUGGGAGUGGAGUACUGUGGAGGGUACCGGAAUCGGGACCACCACGGUCUGCGGAUUGGUACAUGACAGUGUCGCCAUCCCUCAAGAACUGACCGGAGUAUUAGGGUUGAAGUGGAACAAGAUCCAGGACUGUUUGGGAGUCGACAUACCUAGUGAUGAGGUACCGGAGAAGGUAACCAAGCGUCUCGUGUUAUCUUUGGUACAGAAGUUCUUUGACCCAAUGGGUUAUCUGUGCCCAACCACACUCGUUCCAAAGCUGUUGUUACAAGCGGCGUGUGGUAAGAAUAUCGGAUGGGAUUCAGAGGUGGAGGAGAAUUUGUCCAAGGAGUUCAGGAUUUGGUGGAACGACUCUCCUCAAUUAAAGAAGAUUCACAUCCCACGUCAUGCAUUUGGGAACUCGAGAACUGCUGAGAAUUUGCAGUUUCACACAUUUUGUGAUGCAAGUAGCAAAGCUUACGCCGCCGUCGUAUUCGUGAGGGUGGACGAAGGAGGGGUGGUGCGAGUCCAUUUACUCCAAGCAAAGGCGAGAGUGUCCCCUCUCAAGAAGAUUACCAUUCCCCGACUGGAGCUGUUGGGGUGCCUUAUCGGAUCGAGACUCCGGUCGUCGGUAAUAAAGGCACUGUCCAUGGAAAAUAUCGAGUCAUAUUUUUGUAGCGACUCCAGUACUGCACUAGCAUGGAUACGGAGGAAUGACGAGUGGGGGACAUUUGUCGGUAAUCGUGUGAAGGAGAUUUGUUCGCUGACGAGUCAAUCUCAAUGGAGAUUUGUCCCUGGGGUCAUGAACCCUGCAGACCUGCCAUCGCGAGGAUGCACGCCAUCGCAGUUGGUGAAAAGUCGUUGGUGGGAGGGACCGGAGUGGCUCACUAAACCGCAGCACGAGUGGCCAUCACCACAAGUAGAAUAUGACGAGGAGGAAGUAAGAAGAGAAGUCAAGAAGUGUGUCACGACCAGGAUGCAGGUGGGAGAAGCAGAAAUUCCGUGGUAUCUCACCCGAUACUCAUCUUACACCAGCAAUUUGCGCUUAUUUGCCUGGGUGAUAAGAUUUGUGGAUAAGUGUCGGAAGCGACAUCAAGACCAAGAAGUCAGUGGAUUUCAUCGAGCUGGAGUGAAGAAAUGGGACUUGAGUCAAAAGGAAGUGGACCGGGCGGAGAGGAAAUGGUUCCUCAGGACGCAACAGGAUGCAUUUUCAAAGGAAAAAUCAGCGGUCAUAGCAGGACUCAAGACUGAGAAAGACGAGGAUGGAGUAAUUCGGGUCAAAACAAAAUUGCUAUUCCGUCAAGACACCGAAUAUUUCCGCCGUCCCGUUUUACUACCAAAUUCACAUCCACUCGUGGAGCAGCUUAUUGCGGAGGUGCAUCGCAGCAAUGGUCAUGGUGGUGCACAAUUUCUCAUGGGUCGACUGAGAGAGAAAUGUUGGAUUAUCCAAGGACGCCGAGCUGUGAGGAGUUUUAUUUCGAAAUGCGUGGUUUGCAGAAGGUACAUGUCAAAAUCGUACAUCGUGCAGCCAGCACCACUCCCAGAGAACAGGGUCAAGACCGCCGCAGUGUUCCAAGUUGUUGGGAUCGACUUGGCUGGUCCAAUGUAUUUGGAGGACCAGUCGAAGACGUGGAUGGUCAUCUUCACGUGCGCUAUCUACCGCUGCAUACACUUGGAACUGGUGGACUCCUUGAGCACGGAAGCAUUCUUGUUAGCUCUCUCAAGAUUUAUCAGUCGAAGAGGUCGUCCAUCCACUAUCUACUCCGAUAAUGGGACGAACUUUGUGGGAGCAGACCACAUCAUGAAGAAUAUGGAUUGGGACCGCAUUACAGCAAGAACAAGGGUGCAACGGAUCCAGUAG